CCACGCUAAGCUGGUGCGACAUAGGUUGAUUUGAAUUUUUCUGGGUCACACGGUCAAACCAUAUGCUGCUUAAAAUGCAGUGUGUGUGGUUUGGGUGACUCGCAGCCAAUUCCUGUUUUCUUCAAGAGGCUGUAGGUUUCUAUGCCCGACUGUUCCCAGUGAGCACGGAACAACUGAAGGGAGGGCGAAACGGGACGGAAAAGCCCUGGCUUCCAGCAGCCUCUUCACUCCUGAAGAGCCCCCAGUUCAUGACCCCUGAGGGGCACCGGGAGCCUCGGCACAGGUCCAACGGCUGCCCCGAAAAUGGACUCCCAUAACAUGUCCUGGAUUCGGUACCCAAGCCAUGUGUCCCCAGCCGUGGAGGAUGUCAUUGCUGCACAAAGCGUCAUCUCCAGGUGCAUGCAUGUGUACGUUGCUCUAUUUGUCCCGCUGAGCUUGGUGACUGGGCUCUUCAACCUGAUCACUUUUAUUCGGGGUCACAGAAGGCUAGGGGCCCUGGACAUGCUGCUCUCAGGCCUCACAGUCACAAGUGUCCUGGCGACACUGCUGUCACUCAGUGUUGCCAGCAGGCCUGACUACAUACCUACAACCAACCUGCAGUGCGGGGUCCUCUCCUUCUUCUCCAAUAUGUGCUAUUUCAAUGCCCAGUACCUGCAGGGGGCGAUGCUUGUCCUGUCCCUAUUGCCAGGCUCCUCGGGCUACCUGCUCACAGGGGCCCAGGACACCCGGAAGCCUCUGGCAAGCCUGGCUGCCAUUUGUGGCUGUGCCAUCUGCAGCUCUCUGGUUGUAGUAGCCCUGCUGGGUACAUCCAGAGAGUUGCACAAACCCACCAUGUGCCAGGCGGACCCCCUGACUGCCUGGCCCGAAUACGAAAUUGUGAAGUUCAGCCUGGGCUUUGGGUUCGGCCUCAUUCUCAAGCUGGUUCUCCUCCUCCUGCUCACCACUAAACUGGCCUGGCGGACAGCUCUCACCAGGAGGGACACAGCCUCCGCACUCUGGGUGGUGCUGGCCAUCACUCUGAACAUGUUUGCCUGCCGACUCUUCUUCAACACGGUGCUCCUCCAACGGGCCAGGAGGAAGAUGCAGAGGGACACUGGCUCCCCGCAGGAUGAGCUGCUCAUGAACCUUGCGGAACUCGUCCUGUCUGGGGAGAGCUGUGUGAACUCCCUGGCCACCCUCGCCCUUCACAAGCCCUGCAGGCUCACACUGCUGGAUGCCCUAGGGCGCCUCACACAGAGGUGCAGAAGAGGCGGCAGCGACAACAGCGUCUCCUUGAACAGGAUGGGGGCUGGGUCCGAUCCUGCCUGCUGGCAUGCACCGCAAGGCAAGUAGCAGAGCCUUGGUGGUGUUUAAAAUACCCAUUUGCUGAAACAGACCCUCCUGGCGAAGGGCCAAGGGGGAUGACAAAGUGUUUUGAGAGUGCUUAUUAAAAUCGGCUUUCUGGUGUUCGACUCAAUCGAGUCAGAGGCACCGUGGUUUCUUAAUCCGCACCAACAAUCACAACUCAAGGGACCCUGCGCAUCAAGGACACAGUGACGUGAGAGCAGAGGCUGGUGGCAGACACAUCUCCAUCUGGUUCAAGUGUUCUGUGAUGCGGACUGAGUAAUAUUUGUCUACUGGUUGGCAUCCUUCUCUACCCCAACCAAAUGACAAAAAGGGAAUCUUGAAAAUAAAAGCAUCUUCAAAUAACUUCAUAACCAUAUUAUAAUCUGGUCCGAACCAUUGUUGUGGUCAACCUUCAACCCUGCCAGGAAGUCUGGGCAACAGAAAUCUUGCCAAGAACAAAGGUUAGUUUUAAAACUGUCAUCACCAUGGAAGCUCUGAGCGUAUCGCCCACAAGCUGAAGCACUAAGAUAGUGUGAUGCUGUCACAGAUCUGGCCUGCUCAGUGGAGCCUGAGGGACUGACUGCCUAUGUCCAGGGGAUCUGGCAGGCCAGUGGAGAGCCCUAGGUUUCAAAGGCCCCAUGGGUUCCAUCUGCUGUCUUUAGGGGAACUGGUAAUAAUGAAAUACAGAAACAAAAGGCAGAGUCGAUUACGAAGUUGACAUCCCUCAUUCUUGCUGGAAUUCUCUCUGGUUUUAUGAAAUCUAUACCUUCAAUUUUAAUGAAUAAUUUAAUGCUAGUUUGUGAACCAAAGAACAAAAGCAUGUCUGUGGUUUUUUUCUCAGUGUUUACAUAUCUGCAUAAUUUCUUUAGAAGAAAAAGGAUUUGUAUCUUACACAGCUAAGUAGCUUCUGAAAUACACUAUUAAAAUUUCUAAAUG